AUCAAAUAAACUGAAGUGGUCCUAUUUUAUUCACAAAGAUAAAAGGUUAUUUUGCUACUCAGAAGCCAGUAGAAGCACCUCUAUCCUUAUCCAUACCCCAAAAGGUCUCCCUACGCUCAAGACUCCCAAAAUCAACAAAAAACUUCAGAAACUGCAACCCCUCGAUCAACAAUGCCAGCAGGAGAGCUCAUCUCCUAUACUACAGCCCCAUCUACACCCCCACUGGUGUCUGAGUCUGUAGAAGACGAGUCCUCGUGGGUAUGGUCUCAAAUCAAAGCUGAAGCUCGUCGUGAUGCCGAGUCGGAGCCAGCCUUAGCCAGCUACCUGUACUCCACCAUACUUUCUCACUCAUCUCUAGAACGCUCGUUGUCAUUCCAUCUAGGUAACAAGCUUUGCUCCUCCACUCUCCUCUCAACCCUCCUCUAUGACCUCUUCCUCCAUACAUUCUCCUCGGACGCAUCUAUCCGCUCUGCCACAGUUGCUGACCUCCGUGCUGCUCGCCUCCGUGACCCUGCCUGCAUCUCCUUCUCCCAUUGCCUGCUCAACUAUAAGGGCUUCCUUGCCUGCCAGGCCCAUCGCGUCGCCCACAAACUUUGGACUCAGGACCGCCGCCCCCUAGCCCUAGCCCUCCACUCCCGUGUCGCCGAUGUCUUUGCUGUUGACAUCCACCCUGCUGCCAAGAUUGGGAAGGGGAUCCUCUUUGACCAUGCAACAGGUGUUGUCGUGGGAGAGACCGCAGUGAUUGGGAACAAUGUCUCGAUUCUACAUCACGUGACACUGGGCGGGACAGGGAAGAUGGGUGGGGACCGACACCCGAAGAUUGGCGAUGGGGUCUUAAUUGGGGCUGGAGCGACAAUUCUUGGGAAUGUGAGGAUUGGUGAAGGGGCGAAGGUUGGGGCGGGGUCUGUGGUGUUGAUUGAUGUUCCACCGAGGACAACGGCAGUGGGGAACCCUGCGAGGCUUGUAGGAGGGAAGGAGAAGCCAUCGAGGCAUGAGGAUGUGCCAGGGGAGUCCAUGGAUCAUACAUCAUUCAUCUCGGAAUGGUCAGACUACAUCAUAUAGUUUCUGUUUUUGUUUCAUCUUAUUAAUGGUUUUUUUGUUUUCUUUUUCUUUUGAGAAAACAUCACACUUCUGUUAGAUGUGCACAACUAUAAUAUAUAAGAUGAGAACUUGUUGGAAUCUGAACUCCUUUCACAAGGAAAUUGUAUCGUUAUUGCUUGUUUUGGGUUAUUUUUAUUCAUCUUCAUGG